AAAACACUACAAAUAACAAAUCCAUUUGAACUCCCUUUUUGUCAACCGAACCAUUAAAUUAAUCAACCUCAUCCUUUGGGAAUGGAUUUAGCCGAGAACUUUACACAGUUAACAACUAAAUUCCUUUUCCUCAGUUACAACGAUGAAAAGAACAAAGUCAACAUGUCAGAAUUAAACACCCUCUUGAACGAUCUAAAUAGUUUGGACUAUCUGCAGGGAAAAUUCGUAGAAAAGAAAACAGCAGCCAGACUUCUUGAAUCAUUCAUCAAUAUAAACACACAAGAAGAAACUCUCAUAGUUAAAUCAUGUUGUCUGAUCACUGUGCUCAUGAACAAACAGAAAAUCCAACUUUCUCGAGAUCAAUUCAACAAAAUCAUCGAAUGGCAAUUGAAGUGCCUGAAUUUCAACUUCUCCACCACUGCCUGUGAUAUCCUUAGGUCUAUGCAUGCCUUAUUUAGGAAUCAUCAGAGCUUUGCAAGACAGUAUUGGGAUGUGCUCCUUUCACCAGAUGGCCUUCUCUUAAGCUACCUUAGCAGAGACGCGAAGAUAAUUGAAAAAUAUGAUUCCAAUUCUUCGGAAGAGAUUAUCAUUUCUAUAGUAAUCUGCAUUGAUUCACUCUUGGGUCCUGUAGAAUCUAUGGAGACAGAUAGUCAGGUGGAGGAACUUUUUUCGCUGAUCGGAACUAAGAUCCUUGCCAUUCUCUUCUCGGAUAAAAUAAACUUCAAUCUAUCUGCCCAUCAUAUGAAUUUCAUGACUACGUCAUUGAACAUUCUGCACGUCAUAGCCUCCGAGAAUAGGGAUUGGUGUGAUGCGAAUAUAGGAGAACUGCUUGGCUUGUCGAAAGCUUAUAUGCACAAUGGAAUUCCUGGGAUCCCUCAAACAAAUCCACAAAAAGUUCAUGUAUCGCAGCAGUCCAUGCUCGACCAGGGUUCGAUGGAAGCCAACAAUCGUGGGGGAAAAGUCGCAAAAACGCGAAAACCCCGAACAGUAAAUAAAAAUAGGAAGUCCGAUGCAAAAUCGAAACAGAAUCCUAUCAACGAUGAAGCUGUUCUUCAGCUCCCCUCAGGAAGUAAUCUUAAAGUUGAUUUUGACAUCCCAGCCUUUAACAAGACAAGUGAUUCUGACUUCUCCGAAUCAGAAGCCAGUCGGACUCGAAAUGAACGGCAUAAACAAGCCAAACUGAGGCUAGCUGCAAUCUCACUAAUUGGUGUGAUUGCAAAGAAUGUCGAACGUAGGACUUUCUAUGGAUAUUGGCAUUCGUUGUUUCCUAAUGAUGCCAGCAUUGGACUCUUAACUUGUGCAGUUCGUGAUCCAAACCCAAGGUGUAGAGUGGCAGCACUGCAGGCAGCUUCAGUUAUUCUCUUCGGUUCUAGAACUUUUCUUUUACAAGCAGAGUGGAGCGAAAAGCCCCCAACUAAUUUUAUGCCAUUUUCCAUAUCAUUAGCCAAUAUGAUAAUUGCAAUGUAUGAGGUCCUUACGCAGGCAUUGGCUCAUGAAAGCUCUCUUCCAGUUCUCACACAAAUACUCAAAUGCUUGACAGUCUUGAUUCAGGCAACACCAUUCCAUCGCCUCAAACCAGGACUGGUUACAGAAUUUGUAAAAUUAAUCCGCAAAUUGGUUUACCACAAAGAUCCCACAGUUCAAGUUGCCGCUCUAAUGGUUAUGGAAUUUCUUAUUUCCACACCAGACAUUACAACAGAAAUUUCGGAAAUUGUUGGCAUUCCUAAAACAUCCAUAGGAUCAAUGCUUCGCAAUCAAAAUAGACUUAACGACUCUGGAGUGGAAGAAGUAAUUGAUACAGAUUUUGCUGAGGAGACCAUAGAUUCCGAUACAGAAGAUUUACUGCCCACACCAGUUGUUGCUUCAACUUCCAAUUCUGCUGAAGUGAACUUAAAUGACACCAAAGAAAUUUCCUUAAGAAUGUCUUGGCUUCUAAAAAGAGUUCUUGAAAAUCUUGGUGUACCCCUCACUGAAACGAAGGAAAAAGUACCAAUAUCGACAACUCCAGUUCGAACUGAAUGUCUUCAAGUACUCACAUCGAUGGCACAACAUUUCUCGCUUCUCAAAGACCAUUUGCAAUUUAUUGCCUCCGCCUUGAAGUCGUCUUUGAAUGACGCACAAGCUGAUGUUCGAUUGUAUACAGCUAAAUGUCUAGAUAGUUUGGGGCAUUCAAUGAAUACUUAUCUGCUUGAACGAAGUUCACCAUCGAAUGACGAACUGAUGUCUUGUCAGAACUUCUGGAUGUCCAUGUUGCCGUCUGUUAUUGAAAAAAUCCAAGAUGCAGAGCAAAGUCCUGCUUUCAAAGCUAUACUAUGCGAUUUUAUGUCAAAUAUUGGAGUUUUUGUUUUUGAAAGACUUUCGCACACUUAUCACAUUCAACUAAUUGGAAUUCUCUCAGGAGCUGGUUGCAAUGAAGAAAACACAGUUCGAGCAGCGGCAGUGAGGGCUUUGGCAGUUUAUGUUCUUUUCCCAUCUUUGCGGGAGAACUUGGUUUUUGUUGAGAACACUGCCGAAUCAAUUUUGCAGCUUAUCAAAGAUUCUAAUCUUUUUGUUAGAGUUCGAGCUUCAUGGUCUAUGGGAAAUGUCAGCGAUGCUCUUAUAACAAAUUUUUUUAACUCGCGGGUGGAGAGAAUAUCUGAGGAUUUGUUGAGACGUCUUUUGGAAACAGCUAUUUACUCAGCAAGUGAUAAUGAUAAAGUUCGUAGCAAUGCAGUAAGAACUCUGGGCAACCUGCUUCGCCUUAUAACAGUGGAUCAUUUAAAAGUUCCUACAUGGAGAUCUUUGGUUCAAAAGAGUGUAGAAAAAUUGGUGAACUGUGUGAAUACAGGUGGAAAUGCUAAAGUCAAAUGGAAUUCAUGCUAUGCAAUUGGAAAUUUUAUGAAGAACUCCAAUUUAUUUAAUGCAGAGUACAGCGACAUGAAUUGGCCCGAUCUUGUAUUUCCAUCUCUAUGUAAUCUCAUCGUCAAUCACAAUAACUUCAAAGUUCGUAUCAAUGGAACAGCUGCAUUGAUAACUAUUCAAGAGCGACAGAACUAUGGCGCUCGUCUGCAGAUGGUUUGGAUAGCUUUAUUAAAUGCAAUGGAACAAUCAAGUAAUUUAACGGAUUUCAAUGAGUAUAAGCAUAGGGAUAAUUUGCAAGAGCAGCUUUGUAUUGCCAUAAGUCAUAUAAUCGGUGUUUCAACUGAUGAAGACUUGAAUAUGCUUAAGACACAAUUGGUUCCUAAGUUGGAGAUAAUUAAACAAAUUUGGAACCGAGUUAUAAGUAGAAUAUUGCCAGAAAAUGCUGCUCCACUUUUGGCGUGUACGUUAAAGUUGCAGGAAAAACUUACCAAAAAUGAACUCGCAUCAGAACAGAAAAAUGCUGUCCAAAUUCUAUCAUCGUGCUUUACUCAGCCCAGUGUGGAUUUAUAUUAAAACAUUUUAUUACUAUAAUUAAACUUAAAGUUACAUAACAAAAAAUAAAUUAUUAACAUGCAUUUUAUAUACACCUACC